AUAAAGAGAAAAAUUUAUAAAUAAAUAUGGUUUUAGUUCUAUUUAGAAAGUGCUACCCUUGCCUUGCGUAAAUUGUGUGUUUCGUUUAGUAAUUUGUUAAAGUGUUAAGAAUUCAGAACUUAUAUACGUUAGAAGUGUUGGAAGUCCAAUUUGUUCUCAAGUAAAAUGCCUUUUAAUACAGCGUGGAUUAAAGGUUACCGAGAAUUUACAUUGGAUGGAGACAAACUUUUCUGUACAGUUUGUUCAAAAAUUAUUCAUGCUGAUAAAAAAUUUAUUGUGGAUCAGCAUGCCAAAUGCUCAAAGCAUAUUCUUAAUAUGCAGAAAUCGGAGGGAGGUACAUCACAGCAAACUCUAAAAACUUGCCUUAAACAAAGUGCAAAACACACCGUUCAACAAAAGCAGUUCAACGCGGAGUUGUGCAAAGCAAUGAUUACCAGCAAUAUACCGCUGGCAAAAUUAAACAGUCCCAACCUAAGGCAAUUUCUAGGCAAGUUCUGUAAUAUAAAUAUCCCCGAUGAAUCAACCAUACGCAAAGGAAGUGUCGAUUCGAUUUUUAAAGAAACUUUAACUAAUAUAAAUACAGAUAGGAAAGUAAAAAGUUGUUAG